AUGAAACGCCCUCUGCUCCUGCCCCUUCUCCUGCUGGGGACAGUUGCUGCUCUUCAUCUGGAGAGUGAUAACUCCCAUUUGGACAUCCGAGAGACACAGGCAGACCUGACCCAGGAUGUGGAAGGUUCAGGGGAGCAGGAGGGAGAGUUGGCCCUGACAGAGGAGGUGAUUCAGUCAGAAGGAGAGGAGGCUGAGGCUUCCACCAAUCAAGACACCUUUGAGGAUGAGCAGUCCAUGGAGUUGGACCCAGCAGCCCUGGCUGAACAGUUGCAGUGCCCCAGGGAAGAAGAAACAAUACACUUGUGUGGCCAUCCUGGGUGCAAGAAUGUCAACUACCUUUUGGUGCCAAGCCCCAAGGACUUUAGACAAGCUCAGAAUGUCUGCGAGAGGUGCUACCAAGGCCAUCUUGUCUCCAUACACAGCUCCAGCUUAAACCAUCUCCUCCAGUACAAGAUCAAGGAUAUCAAUCAAGGCCAGGUCUGGAUUGGAGGCAUCUUGAAGGGCUGGUGGUGGCGCAGGAGAUUUCACUGGACUGAUGGGAGCACCUGGGAUUAUGAAAACUGGCCCCCAGGGGAGACCGGAAAUGGGAGAGGCAACUGUGUUGCUCUGAGUAGCAGAGAUGGUUACUGGCGACGAGCUCCUUGCGAAACGCGUCUGCCCUUCAUCUGCUCCUCCUAA